AUGACUACUGCUGAAAAACUUGUAGGAAAAAUCCCCGAAGGACACGUUCUCAGGAUUCAAACCACACCACCUUCUAAAAAAACAGGAAUUAACAAAACUUUUAGUUUUAAUGCAACAGCGACCACUCAAGAGCAAGAAUUUCAAACAAACAACUGGGACACCGUCUUUGCUGUGCGCGUAGCUGAUGUAAACAAUGCAAUCGUAAAUGGAGUGGCAAAACAUCCCGAGAAAUAUCCGCAGAAUUGGAGUGCCGAAGUAAAAAAAUCGCUAACUAGCAACGAAUAUAGUGGAAACGGAACCUUUGGAGCCUGGCAAAUAACGUUAGGUGGUUCUAGCACCAUCUUGAGGAUGAAGGUUCCUGUUAAAAAUUGUACUAUUAUCGCCAAUUCCGUGAAUGUCUCAGUGGAAAGUGCAACAGCCUAUAUCGAAGCGCACCUCAAAUUUCUUUCAUACAACAAUAAUGAGAAUAAUAAGGUGCUCGUUAUUAAAACCACUUCCUCUUCACCCACCGAGACUGCUGUUAUAGUUGAAUCAGUAAUACUAGAUAAUGUAGAUCCCCAAAAUAAAGACAUAAACGAUGCGCUAAAAAACCUUUUACAAAACUGGUUCAAUGAUAACUUGAUUCAGUUCACCCAUGUUUUUGCUGCCGUAGACCUCAACAUUACAGCUGCUACUGGUGAAGGCUUCCAAUGGCUCUUUCCAACUACCACAAGCUAUGCAUAUAUUGAUGGAACGACUGAGAACAACUCUGUUCUUGCAAUUCUUUCUAUGGUAAACGGCAAUUCCGCUGACAUUACAGUGCAAUCAGUUGAAGCUGGCGCUAUUCCUAAAGGUUCUAAAGCCUGUUUAAAUAUUUCCAAGCAAUUAUUUAUUAAGGAAAUGAUCUUGCCCAACAUGAAACAUGUAUUUGAAAAGUCGCCGGCAGAUAAUUUUAUAACCACUCACAAUGAAACGGAGGUUGAAAUCAAAGACUCUUUCGCACUUGAUCCAAUUAAUCAUGCUGGGAUAGAUUACAAACCAACGUUGACAAAAUUUACAAUGACUAUCAACGUUGACACUAUCGAAAUGUAUAUGUUCAUUCACAUCCCAAUCUCUCCAGGUAUUGAUGCCUAUGUUGAAACAACUGGCUAUUAUCGCAUAAAAUUAGUUACAGCUGAGGAUGGUACCCAGAAGAUGACAUAUGAGGUGGCUAAAGAUCCACAAACGAAAACUUGGCAUGAAGUGGCUACUUGGGUGGAAGCUGUUGAAGGUGUCGCUGAUAUAAUUUUGGCUGUGGUCACUGUUGGAAUUUCUGACGCCUUAGCUGCGAUACAACGUACCGUUGUUCGUGUUGUCCUUGCUAUCGUUGUUGGAGGAAUUGCUGCUGCAAUUGCUGUGAUAUUGGAGAAAAUUCCCGAAUGGAUAGCCGAUGGAGUUCCCAAUGACCUCCCGUCACUUGAUGGACUUGUAGAUAAUGCAUUCAAAGCUACAAAAUGGACCGAUUCUGGUGAUUUUGAACUUACAGCAUUACGUUUUAAUGGAGCGUUCCAAAUGAGUGGUGAUCCACACUUUAACGAAAAACAGAAUCCUUAA